CGAGGCGUUUUUAAUUUUUAUCAGCGGUUUUGUCCUUGAACGCGCGUGUGCACUGUCCCGUGUUUUCGUCUUAGUAUAAUAUUAUAUUUUGUUGUACGUUGUUAUGUUAUUAUUUUUAUUUUCAGUCGUGUACGGUUUGUUGACAACUGUAUAACCUUUUUGGUGUUGUUAAACUCGUGUUGAAAAUAAAAUCCUCUUGGAUACCUACUUGUUUUUUCGACUUCUGCUUGUCUAUGCGAGUGACGUGACGACCGCACUUUUCAGUUGGUAGCUCAAAACCAAAUAAUCUGACAGUUUAGUGUAGCGCGGGCCCACAGUUGUUGACGUUAUCCGGCGGUUACACGCCACGCCGUAUCCGUUAUACAGUUACGAAUAAGGGUAAGUCAACAGAACGAUUUCCGUCUUACUGGUAUUCCUCAACGCGGAGUUAAUGCUCACACAUACACAUACACAUACAUAUACUCGUACACUAAAUUACGCUAAAUCAAAAACUUUAAAUAUUACAUAGGUAAUAGCCGCAGUCACAAUGAGUGUCGAUACAUACGGUCCGAGUUCUCAGACUCUAACGUUUUUGGAGACCGAAGAAGCCGACAUGAUCGGUGCGGACACUCAGGGUAGUGAAUUCGAAUUCACCGAUUUCACACUGCCGUCUCAGAGUCAAGCACCCAUGUCUCAAUUGGACCCGUCGACAUCAUCUCAUAGGGUACUCAUAAUACCGAUUAUAGUAUUAAUAAUCAUCAUGCAUGGUUUAUUGACAAUUAAUUGUAUAAUUUUAUUUAUUUGUUUCUCGUUAAUAGAUGCAGUUACUGAGUAAUAAAAGUGACAAAGAUGACUCUAAUGUUAUUACGGUCACCAAGAAGAUUGGCGAACUUCAGUUUGAGGAUGAAGAAGAAGAUUCAUUUUUUACCAAGGUACAUUUUUCUUUGAUCAUGUUCUCGUAGCGUUUUAGUUUUGUAGUUUUAUUAAAACAAUAUAAUAGGCUAAUGUUGAAAAUAAAUUGGUAAUUAAUAGACUUUUAUUGAGAAAAUUAAGAACCUAAUUAGAUGGUACAUACUUAAUUUUUUAUUUUUGGUUUUCCAUAAUACUUUGAUAUAGUUGUUUAUUUAAAAUCCAACCUUAAAUAUCACUUAAAUUUUGUAGAUCGUCAAUUAGGUACUUGUACAUUGAAGUUGAUAUUAUUAUAAUACAAAAUAUAUUGCUAAAUUAUUGUAAGUUUUUUUUUUUAAGUUUCAACAAAAAUUAAUAUUAAAUUGUAGUACUUAAAAUUGUGUAUUACUUUAUUUCUAUAGGUACCAAUUUUAUGAAAACAUAUUUAUCCCAUUAUAUUAAAAUAUAAUAUAUUUUAAAAUUUUAAAAUAACUUAACAACUGUUAAGGUUGUUUAAUAUCUUUGUGUUUAUCUUUAGUCACAAUUAUUUGAAGCUGAGUGUUAAGACCUUAUAGAUUUAUUUGAUUGUUAUUAGUACUAUUUUCUCGUAAAAAUGUGGUUUUAAAUAUAAUAGUUACUACAGUUUCAAUAUUUUAAUUAGUAAUUUUAAGUAAUCGCAUCAAUUUACUAUCAACUUAAGUUGUAUAAAAUAAUUAGACCAUUAUCUAGUAUUGUUUAUAUUUUUUUUUUUUAAUAUUUGAUCACAAGUAUUUCAUUAAAAUGAAAUGAAAUAAAUAAAUGAAUAUAAUUUAUUAAAAAAGAAGUAUUUGACCAGUAAUAUAAUUUAAAAAAGUUCAAGUAAAUUAAGUUUUGGUAUCUUUAUACUAGGUAUUAAAAUAUCAUUUGUCAUCAUAUUGUUAUUAUUUAAAUUUUUAUAAAUUUAAACAAUAAUUUACAAUAUAACAUAAAUGUUUCUGUUAUUAUUUAGGAAUUGCCGUACUAUGCUUGCAAGUAUUGUGGUAUUCAUGACCCUGGAUGUGUGGUCAUGUGCAAUAUUUGCAAAAAGUGGUUCUGUAACGGACGUGGAAAUACUUCUGGAUCGCAUAUAAUCAAUCAUUUGGUUCGAGCUAAACAUAAGGAAGUAACAUUGCAUAAAGAUGGUCCAUUGGGCGAAACCGUAUUGGAGUGCUAUUCGUGCGGUGUAAAAAAUGUUUUUGUGCUUGGAUUCAUUCCUGCCAAAGCUGAUUCAGUGGUUAUAUUGCUUUGUAGACAACCUUGUUCUACACAAAACGCUCUAAAAGAUAUGAAUUGGUAACUAAUUAUUAUUUUAUAAAUAUUCAUUUUAUGUAUCUAUUGAUUUAAAAUUAACUAUUUUUUUAUUAUUUGUUAGGGAUCAGGAACAAUGGAAACCAUUAAUUGCUGAUCGCUGUUUUUUAACUUGGCUUGUCAAAGUACCAAAUGAUACUGAUCAGUUGCGUUCCAGACACGUCAGCGCCACUCAGAUUGCUAAGCUUGAAGAAUUAUGGAAAGAUAAUAAUGAAGCUACGAUUAAUGAUCUUGAUAAACCAGGUGUAGAUGAAGAACCACAAAUUGUUUUAUUAAGAUAUGAAGAUGGCUUUCAGUAUCAAAAUGUAUUUGGACCAUUAGUGAAAUUAGAAGCAGAUUAUGAUAAGCGUUUAAAAGAAUCCCAGACUCAGGAAAACAUUACUGUUCGAUGGGAUGUUGGAUUGAAUAAAAAGACAAUAGCCUAUUUUCAUCUUGCCAAAACAGACGGUGAUAUGCGUUUGAUGCAUGGUGAUGAAUUGCGUUUGAGAUUGAUUGGUGAAAAUCCAUGGGCCGGUAUUGGGCAUGUCAUUAAAAUACCUGAUAAUUUUGGAGAAGAUGUAGGAUUGGAAUUGAAGAUAAAUAAUGGAGUACCUACUGAAAUAACUUCAAACUAUGUGGUUGAUUUUAUAUGGAAGUCUACAUCUUUUGAUAGGUAGGUUUAAAAAUAUCAUUAUUAAGAUUUAAUACAAACUACUUAUAUGUUAGUAGAUAUUUUUAAAUAUUUAUUUUUUUUAUUUUUAGAAUGCAGUGUUCAUUGAAAAGAUUUGCUACUGAUGAGUCGUCAGUGUCAUCAUAUAUAUAUCAUAGAUUAUUGGGGCAUGAAUUUGAUGACCUAAUGUUCAGAUCGCACAUGCCAAAACACUUUUCAGCUCCAAACUUACCAGAUUUAAAUAGAUCACAAGUAAUAAAUAUAAUUUUAAAAUAUUAUUUGUAGACAGUAAAAGUUUAAUUGAAAUAAUUAAAAUAAUAGGUUUAUGCUGUAAAACACGCUGUGCAACGGCCUUUGUCUUUAAUUCAAGGACCCCCUGGAACUGGUAAAACUGUAACUUCUGCUACAAUUGUUUAUCAAUUAGUAAAAAUCAAUGGUGGGCCAGUAUUGGUGUGUGCCCCUUCAAAUAUCGCAGUGGAUCAACUAACUGAAAAAAUUCAUAAAACUGGCUUAAAAGUAUAAUAUUUAAUACAUUUUUGAUAACAUUUCAUUACUAUUAUUAAUUGUGUAAUUGAAUUUAGGUUGUUCGUGUAUGUGCUAAAUCUCGUGAAGCUAUUGAUUCUCCAGUUUCAUUUUUAGCCCUUCAUAAUCAGGUCCGAAAAAUGUCUUGGUAAGUCAUUUUAAGAUACUUUUUACAUUUGUGUAAUUUUUUGUGUAAUAUUAUUUUUUGUUUAGUAAUGUUGAGCUUCAAAAGUUCCAACAAUUAAAAGAUGAAACUGGUGAACUGUCAAUGGCCGACGAAAAAAGAUAUCGUGCUCUGAAGAAGGCAGCUGAACGUGAGUUACUUAAAGCAGCUGAUGUUAUUUGCACUACAUGUGUUGGAGCAGGUGAUCCACGCUUAGUACGGUUUAAAUUCCAUUCCAUUCUGAUAGAUGAAAGUAUGCAAGCUACAGAACCCGAGUGUAUGGUUCCAGUUGUACUCGGAGUCAAACAGGUGAAUAUAAUUUAUAGUAAUACUUAUUUAUGGUCUUAUAUAAUUAUUUGUUUUUAGUUGAUUCUUGUUGGAGAUCACUGCCAACUUGGACCUGUAGUAAUGUGUAAAAAGGCAGCAAAAGCUGGUUUAAGUCAAUCACUUUUUGAGCGUUUAGUAGUGUUAGGUAUUCGCCCUUUUAGAUUAGAAGUACAAUACAGAAUGCAUCCAGAACUUUCACGUUUUCCAUCAAAUUUCUUUUAUGAAGGAUCAUUGCAAAAUGGUGUUUGUGCUGGUAAAUUCCUUAUUAUAUUUCUAGCAGUUUUACACAAUUUUGACUAAUAAUAUAUUUUUGUAUUUAAUAGAUGAUAGGAAAUUAAGCAAAAUUGAGUUCCCCUGGCCAGUGGCAGAUAAACCAAUGUUAUUUUAUGUGACUCAAGGUCAAGAAGAAAUAGCUGGCUCUGGAACAUCUUAUUUAAAUAGAACAGAAGCCGCUAAUGUUGAAAAGAUUGCUACUAGGUUUUUGAGAUGUGGUGUAAAACCUGAUCAAAUCGGAAUCAUCACUCCUUAUGAAGGACAACGUGCGUACUUGGUAUGUAUUAUUAUUUAUUAUUCGAAUAAGUUUAUAAGCCUUAUAGCACAUAUGUUUUAAAACUAAUACAUUUAAAAAUUAAAUUAAUAUAACAAACAUUUUCUAAUUCAAAUUAAUAUGUUCUUUUCAAUCAUUAAAAGUCAUAAUAUCAGUACUAAUUUUUGAUAUCUUUAUUUAGGUGCAAUACAUGCAAUAUCAAGCACCCCUUCCAGCUAAAGUAUACCAAGAAAUUGAAAUAGCUAGUGUGGAUGCAUUCCAGGGCCGGGAAAAAGAUUUGAUCAUUAUGUCUUGUGUGCGUUCUAAUGAACAUCAAGGAAUUGGGUUUUUAAACGAUCCCAGACGAUUGAAUGUUGCUCUGACAAGGGCUAAAUAUGGCAUUUUAAUUGUUGGAAAUCCAAAAGUUUUAUCCAAAGUAAAUAAUUAAUUUACUCUUCAAGAGUUUUUUUCAUAACCUACUUAAAUUUUUUUUAGCAACAAUUAUGGAACCAUUUGUUGAAUUAUUAUAAAGCAAACAAUGUCUUAGUGGAAGGACCAUUGAAUAAUUUAAAAGAAUCUCUUAUUCAGUUGUCCAAACCCAAACAGUUGGUGAACACAUCAAAUCCUGGAUCACAUUUCAUGACAACCCAUAUGUAUGAUGCUCGUGAAGCUUUAAUUCCUGGCAGUGUUUAUGAUCGUAGUAAUCAAGGAAAUGUACCUAAUGGUCACGGUCCACAUCAGUAUUUCCCGAGACCUGGACCAGGUCCUGCAGUUGGAAUGAGUUUAGACUUGUAUACUCGUAAUCAUGAUCCAUUAACGUUUAUCACGCCAGAUACUAGAUCGCAACCUCAAAUUGGUGGAAUACCUGUUGGUAUGGUGAUGAAUAUGAAUUCCAUGGCGCCUAGAUUCUUUAAUCAACAAUCCGUUCAAAGUAAAUAUUUUAACAGUAAUAUGGGCAAUUUAAUGUAUUAAAUAUGAGGGAAACAAUAAAUGUAUUAGAUUUACUAUAAAAAAAAUAAGACUAAAAAAUACUGUUUGGAAUUUUUUUUUUGUUAGCAAUGAUUUAUUAUUGUGUACAUUAACUUAAUUACUCUAUAUACUUUUACAUUUAUUUUAUUAUUUAUUUUUUUAAAUUGUAGAUCGUCAAAAUGUUCGCACCAAUCGGUUGCCAAUGACUAGUGGGCGUCUGAAAACUAAAUCCAAUCAGAAGAAUCAAAAAUCAAAUGGAAUUGGCGCUUCUCCUCUCAGUCAAGCAUUAAUGCCAGAUGUUUCCCAGCCAUACAGUCAGAAUAUGUCGCAGGUAUAUUUUUUACUAUUUAUUUAAAUUUUUUUUUUUUGAUUAAGACGUAUAAUAAAUAUACCUCAGUGAUUAUAAGAAAAACAACACAAAAAAUUAAGAGGAAAAUCAAUUUAUUAUUUGUUUUAAUUUGUUAUUUUGUUCAUUUUAUUAAUGUAAUGUAAUGAUUUCAGAGUAUGUCUCAACCAGGAUUUAGUCUUUCGCAACCAGGAUUAUCUCAGCCUGAGUUAUCACAAGACAGUUAUAUGAUGGGUGAGUUUCAUUCGCAAAUGGACGGGUUACUCUCCCAAGACUCCACGUACCAAGGUGACCGUACAGUCACUUCAUUUUACAAUCCACCGAACACAUUGUACUCUCAGGUAAGUGUUUAAAUAUUAUAGACUAAGUGUCCAUCUAGCAUUGCCUAGAUUUUAUAUUGAAUCAAAUGUUUUAGUACACAAAUUAGUACCUAGUAUAUAAAAAUAGCUGUACUACUAGCUAGCAACUUUGUCCACGACUUCGCCCUUGUGCUAUUCAGUGUAUGGUAUAUUCCUAUUUUGGUUCGAAUUAAUCUUACCGGAACCUCCCACUAUGAAGUUUUUCGACUUUCCCCGAAACCAACUAUUUAAAUUAAUUUAAGUGAACCAUUACCCAAUUACCCAUUGGAAUGUUUCCCAUUAACCUCUCUUGGGAGUAUCUAAUUUUGGUCCUCAAAAUACCCCUUUUACUAUGCUCGCUUUUGAGAUUAAGCAUGUCGAGACAUGGCUCAUGUUAGUAUUAAAGAAAACCAUUUAUUUUGAAUUUGUUAAAUACGAGACUCCUUUUUUCUACCUUUAUCUCUAUCACACUUUACUGUUGCAUGUUUUAUACAAAUAUAUUGGUAUUAAAUAAUGGUGAUGUGUAUUGAUUCUUGUUCAGCUAGGACAAAGUCGUUAAUAAUAUAAUAUGUGUACUUUUUUUUUUUUUUUAGCAACCAUAUUGAAUACAUUUGUAAUAAAUGAGUACAGCCAAUGAGGUACGUGGGAGCGUCUUGUUGGUGCUGAUUUAUCAACAGAAUAUUUGUAUUAUUGCGCGUCGUUUGCGAACAUCAUGAACAACCCAUGUUUGCAUAAUUAAAUGUUUGUGGAGAAAAACUCCUAAAGGGCUAAGAUGAACAUUUUGCAAUUGAUUUUAUAUAACUAUUGAAUGUGGAGAAUACAAAUUACGUUACUUACUGAAAUGUUUUGGCGAAAACCAUAUUAUUUUGCAUAUUAGUAGUUCAACAUUAUUAUUUCUUAUUAUUUAUUUAAUUUUUUUUUUCUUCUGUUAUUGACUUAUAUAAUAUCUAAUUUUUUUUACUUUGAGUUCAAGAAUUUAGAUGUGCAUCUAAACAUACAUAAUAUAUAUAUAUAUAUUAUAUAUAUAAUAUAUAUAUAUUAUAUAUAUAUUAUAUAUAUAUUACAUGGGAAAACAUAAUAUAGUUAUUAAAUUUAAUAUUUUGCUUACAGUAAUGAUUAAACUUUGUAGGCGAUUUCCUAUGAUUUUGUUUAUUAAUUCCGGUUUUUUUUCUUUACUUAAAAUAACUUUUCACAUUAAUCUUUUUUUUUUUUUACGAGUCAAUUGUGUAAGUUUAAUGUCUUUAGUUUCAGUUUUGUUUUUUUUUACAUAAAUAUAACAACCAAAUGAUAUUUUAUUAUGAAGGCAAAUGAAAAAUUAUAUAGAUUUUCUAAGUUCUGUAAUACCUGUUAUUUGGUAAUGUAUUAGAUCUAUCGCAAUGUUUGACAUAUUUGGUUUUAAGUCUAGUAAUAAUGUAUGAUUGAUUGACAUUGUUUGAUAAUAAUGUUAAACAACAGCUGUCUAUAACAUUUAUAUUUGAUUUUUAAUUGUUAUGUUGGUUAUUAUCAUUUAACAAGAGUUGUGUAAAAUUACUAAAGAAGUUGAAACAAUAUUUCUUUGGUUCUUGAUUAUGUUAAAUAUUUUUAUUUUUAUAAACCAAAAAAAUUGUUAAAAAACAAAAAAUAUAUAAUUUAUUAGAAUUUAGUACUUUUAAAGUAGAAAAAUAUAUUCUUGAAAUCAAUCGUAAGAAUACAAAAAUAAUUUUUUAACCCGGUUAGUAUUAAAUGCAGAAAGUUAAAGAAAGUCUGUGAUCUGUUGGAGUUAUAAAUAUUUUAGUUUAUAAUGUUAAGUAGGAUGUAAUUUCAAUAUUUAGUUAUAAUUUUAUAACUAUUUAUUGAGUGACCAUCUGUGUAUUCUCGUAAAGUCAAAAUAAAAUUAUGUAUAAUAAUGUUCUUUUUUUUAAAAAAAAUGUAGUUUAAUGAAAACGCUACAGUUUAUUGGCCAGGGCACUUUUUCUCCAAGACAUAUUUAAAAUAUAUAAAUCAAUUGUGGGCUUGGAUAAUUAAUUAAUUAAACCUUUUUUUUCUUUUUUGAAAGUAAUUAUUAAUAUAUCAAUGUUUUUUUUUUUUUUGUAAGAUAUUUUGUAAACAAAAUAUAAUUUAAGGAAACAAACAUUUUUAAUUUCUAUAUGAACUUGCUAAAUUUUUACUUUUAAAUAGUCAUUAUAAUUUUGAAUUUAUAAAAAAUUGUAAUAGAUACUUAGUAGUAUAGUGUGCAUUCUAAAUGUCAAGCUUAUUUUUAGGCGUUAGUUAAACAAAAUUGUACUAAACAUGUUUAUGGAUUGGAUUAAUUAUGAUAAGUAAAUUGAAUAAAAACUAGUUGUGUAGAAAAUUGUGUGUUAUCUGUGAUGUUUUGAUUUUACACCUUUUACAGGACCCAAAAUAUUGACUG